AACUAUUUGCAAUUAUUUCCAAGCGCAAAAAUCUACCUGAACACAGGCAUCACCUCUGUUUCGUUUAGGGAUGUAUAAUUUCUGUAAAGCUCUGUAAUCGUCUAUAGUUGGUCUAAUCGGUCUAAUCAUAUUUGAUACGAAUACAUAUUGUGAUCGGAAUAAAACUGAGAUCAGUGUGGACGCUGCUCAUAGAUGACAGCAGACAUCGAUGUAAAUGGCGCUCCACCACCAGUGUUAUCAGCGUUAUCAGUAAUCGACAUCGAUCGGAUAAAAUAUUUAAUUCGGCGACUGAGCUGUGGAGUUAAACUGUCAAAGAUGUCUAACUUUAUUGGGCCAACCUUUCCUCAUCUACAGAGGGAAGUGGAAUCUGGUGAAAGUUGUGUAAUGUUGAAAUCAAAUGAGAGUCAGAUGGGACAAGAAGGGGAAAGUGACACUGUUAUUGGUCCUUCAUUACCACCAGGGUUAAUCCAGAGAGUAGACUGUCCUGUGGCAGACCUUGCAGAGGAAGGAACUGUCCAAGCUCCUGAAAUUGGUCCCUCAUUGCUACCCCACCUACGUGCACAAUGUUCUGAUGCAGGUGCCUCAAUAGGUCCAGCAUUACCCCCUCAUCUUAAAGAGGGAGCAAAAAUGGGAAAUCUUGAAUCAUGGAGUAGUGACAUGACUUCCAUUCUGCCCCUUUCAAAAGAAAACGAUGAAAACAUUGACAACUCGGUACCGAAUUGUGAUGCAGAUGAGGAAGCUUCCAGUAUUGAUCCACGAGAUGAAAUGUAUGGCCCUGCAUUGCCUCCAGGUUUAAGGGUGGAUUUAAAUCGAUCCAGUAAUGUUCUAACUGCACGAGGAAUAUUGGGACCACAUCUGCCUCCUGGGGUGAAAUUUGAAGAGUCUGUAGAUGAAGCGAAUUCUGACAGUGAAAGUGAUGUUUUCGGACCUAUGCCUGCUCCUGAAGGAGCCAGCAGUGGUACUUAUUGUCAGGAUCAAUUUGAUGACAGGGCACUAAGGAUGAAGAGAAAAUUAGUGGGAGAGGGUAAUAGUCAUAGCUCUGGAACAAUGAAACGUGAAAGUUGGAUGUUAGAAUUACCACCUGAUCGAGAAGCUGACUUUGGAUUGGGGCCAAGACAGUUUCGAGCUAGGGCUAAGCCAGAACUAGGUGAUCGUUCCGUGUGGACAGACACACCUGCUGAUCGUCUCCAGAAGAAACUGUCACCAGGGGUCAGGUCUAGUGCUGUUGAUGACCUGGAACAGACAGCAACUGAAGAGCGAAAUAAGGUGAUGCAACAUCUUGUAGAGAAGCACUCUGGAAAGAAGAGACAGGAGUCCCUGUUGGAGGCACACCAGAAGGAGCUGAAGAGGAAGAAAAAGAAGGAGAAAGAAGAAGGCAAGUCUGAAGAGAGACGGCCAUUUGAUCGCAAUAUUGACCUUCAGGCCAAUAGAUUUGAUGAAGGCCAGAAGAAGGCGAUCUUCAAGAAAGCUCAGCUGUUGAAUGACCGGUUCUCAAGUGGCCGAAGUAAAUUCUUAUGAGUGACGGUUAUUAUGUGAAAAAGACACAGCUGUGGAUACUGAGAUCUUUCCCGCAAAGCAGUACACAUGUACCUACCAUCACAAGCCAGAGAAGUGAAUUACAAUGAAUCUUUUAUUUUAUGCAAUCUGAUGUUACGUUCUUUAAGAUUUUAUGCCUUUUUUUCAUUUAGUCCCAUCCAGGUUACCCAUAAGAACAAUCUUAAAUUUUAACAAGUUUUUCUUUCACUCAGAUUUACAUUUUUCCCCAAAUUUACAUUGCAUUCUUAUAGUUCUGACAAUGGAAAAAUACCCAAUUCUACAUUUACUAUGUUCUUUGGGAAAUUCAAGAAAUCCUGAGCCAUUUCAUGUAAGAGUUUGUCCCAGUAAAACAGGCAUGCCUUCACAUGAAAGUUUUUUGACCUGACAUGAGAAUGACAGAGACUGUGAGCUCAAGAGAGAAAGAAACAUCUGUUUGACCACUUAAAGAAAUUACAUGGAAUGUAUGUUAGUAUAUUUAUAUUUCCGUUGUUAUUGUGCUCAAAUAAUAUAUUUCAAAAUGCUGUCCAAAGUUACAGUAUAAAGCAGCCUACAUUUCUCUGUAUGUUUCACCAUUUCCAUUAUUUCACCCUUUCCUCAAUUUUAUAAGGUCCCUUUAGUAGUGUGAAAUGAGGUUUCACUGUAUAUUUGUCUUUAUGAAAUGUGAUUAUCAUAAUGUGAAUUGUCUGACUUUAUGGUUUCACUUUAAAAAAUGAUAAAAAGUUAUGAAGCCAAAAUAACAGUUUCUCCUGUUCUUACAUAUAUGAUGUAAGCAUGUAUGAUGAUGAUGUCCACAACAUUCCUGUCAUUCUUUUCAGUUGCAAAUCAUAAAUUGUUGAUAGGUCUAGA